AUGUUCAAUAUCGUGUUAUCAACUUUUGCUGGAACAGCCGCCCGUCUCUGGUCCAGCUCCUCCCUCCUUCAACUAUUUCUCUUUGCACUGAUUCUCCUGCUCCAUGUUACAGCCCCAAAUGUCAGUGAGGAAUCUUUUCGAGAUGAGCAUGACUCUCUUCCACCGACAGAAGAAACAUCUGCAAGUCUACUAUCACGUUGGAGCUUUUCCUGGGUGGGUGCUGUUACCUGGAAAGCGUUCAAAACUCCACUAAAUAUCAGUGAUCUCUAUGCUUUGAGCUACAAUAAUAAAUCUGCGGUUGUGGUCAAGCAAUUUUACAGCGCAGCACCGAAAACAUUUGCAUUGUUCUGGAGGUUGUAUCGUUUUGCAAAAUAUGACCUGCUUCAACAGGGCGCCUGGGCUAUGCUAUUCAGUUUGACAAGCUUUUGUCCAGCGAUUCUGCUUCGAGUUAUUCUCAGUUAUGUGGAGUCGCCUGAAACCGUGUCUCGAAACGAUGCCUGGCUUUGCGUCGGAGGACUUUUAGUCACUGGAAUUAUCACAGGAAUCUCGGACUGCCAGUGUGAGUGGCUGGGUCGAAAAGUUAGUGUCAGGCUCCGAGCGAUCCUGAUAAACGAAAUCUUUGCAAAGGCUUUGAUGAGGAGAGUGACGAGACCUUCUGAGAAAAAAGAUGAUGGAGAAAGUCAGGCUCAAGAUAGCCAAGCUACGGAUGGAAAUAUCCUCAACUUGAUGACUGUGGACACUGCUAGCACCUUCGAAGCCAGCGCACAUAUACAUAUUGUCUGGAUCAAUCUCCCAUUCCAGCUAACGAUUGCAUCUGUGAUUCUGUAUAAAAUUCUUGGGAUUAGUGGUAUCCUGGGAGUUCUUCUGAUGAUCGCUUCCCUACCACUGAAUAUCCUGGUAGCCAAACGCCAGGUGGCAGCUCAGAUGAAGGUGUUGAGCGCAGGAGAUGCUUGUGUUCAAGCGAGUAAUGAGCUCAUCACCAAUAUUUGCACCAUAAAUCCCUGCACAUGGGAAGCAGAGUUUCGAAAGAAAGUGCGCGAUCUUCGGGAAAUAGAGCUCUCUGAACUACGUGGUCGUUUCUUCUGGUGGUCAAUUUCCAUGACUUUUUUCUACUCUCUGCCUUUCAUCACGACAAUCCUCACACUUUCCGUUUAUACUGUUGUUGAAAAACAGAAUUUGGAGACUAAAGUUGUUUUCCCUGCUUUGGUAGUUUUUGCAGUCCUUCAUGUCCCGUUAGAUAGAAUGUCUGCCAUGAUAUCUUUCAUGCUGCAAGCGCACGUCUCUGUCGGUCGCAUUGAACAGUUUUUGAAGGAGAAAGAGACUAGUUGA